AAACUCAAUUAUUCAUUCUGCUGUAUUUCUCAUUCGUUUGUGAACUUCUUUAUUCAUAUGUUCUUGUUAAAACUUAAAUAUCGACAUUUUCACCCCAAAUAACAUAUAUUAAUGAGUUGGCUCGUCCCACCCCAUACUUACACGAAUAUUACCAUCACUACCAAUCCUCCUUUAAAUACCCCUCCCCUCUCCUCCCCCGUCCCCCCACACUCACAACUCAAAAACGCUUCUCUCUCUACUGUUCCCUCUCUCUCUAGAAAAAAAGGCUAAACCCCAUAUACGAAGAAGAGGAAAGAAACAAAAAAAAAAACAAUCAUGGAGCCGAAAACGCCGGAGGAAGUAGCGAAGAAACUGUGGCACAUCGCGCGCGUGGUGUUCUUCAUGCUCCGGCGCGGGAUCUCCAAGAGCCGCAUCGCCGUCGACCUCGGCCUCCUCGCCAAGCGGGGAAACAAGCUCGCCGGUAAAGCCAUCGCCAACUUCCUCACCUUCAACGGCCUCGGCGGCGGGACCCACAGCCACAGCCACGUCAGCACAGCUCAUCACCAUUAUCACAACAAGUCGUCAAGCUUCCUCUUCGGGUGCCGUUCGAACGGCGCCGUUUCGUUCGUGUCCCCGCGGGAGUACGAGUUCAGCUGCAGCAACAGCCCCGCCCUCAGCUUCUACCCUUUCCACAAGCGCCGGAAGGCGGCCAAGUACGACGACGCCACGACGGUGGCGGCCGUGCAGAGGAUGCUGGAGAUGCUCAACCACAGCGAGGCCUCGGCGGCUGCGUCGCCGAUGAUGCCGGGGUUCGGGAGGAGUCCGGCGACGGUGAGGCAGCUGAGGAUCACGGACUCGCCGUUCCCGGUGAAGGACGAGGGCGGCGGCGGGCAGGUGGACAGGGCGGCGGACGAGUUCAUCAAGAGGUUUUAUAAGGACUUGAAGUCGGAGAAAGCGACGGCGGCGGCGAUGGAUCAAUCUCCUUACCAUAGCUUAUGGGGCCGAUGAGGAAAUUAAAUGGGAAAAGGAUGGGGAAAUUUUUUGUUUUUUGAAAAAUAAUUUGUUGACAGCCAGCCAUGCAUUGAAGCCACGUUGUGUUCAUCUGUAGCUGCCGCCUGCCGGGCCCAAAGGUCCAUGAAAGAGUCCGUUACCGGUUAAUUUCUUCUGUCCACGGCUGCUAGAAUUGAAGAGGGAGGAAUGUUUACGUGGGCAUCGGGUUGUGUUUGUGUUGUGUUUAUAUUCGUGAUUAAUGAAAAUGAAGAAAAUAAAAGAGAGAACGAAAAGAAGGAGAAAAUUGGGAUAAUGAAAGUAUUCAUUCAGAAUGGUUGAGAAAAUUAACAAAUAAUAAGAAAGAAAAAAAAUGAAAGUAUAGCAUGUUUUAUUUAACUUUUUUUUAAUUCUUCGACCAUUUUUACUUAUGGUAGUAAAAAAAAAAUUGAAUAUGUGGAGGAAUGAAAGCCAAAAGAUAUAAAGACGCUAAGUCAAGAUAGCCCCGGAUAGCUAGUUAACGGAGGAAGUCGAGAGUGACAUCAUAUAUUAGAACAAACCAUACACAGGCUACUGCUAAAAAAGAACACACUCGGCAGAGGAGACUAAUCCAAUCUUGCUGCAAUUCAAGAGAUCAAAUCGAGGUCUUGUUGCACCCUCCGCGGGAAGCUGACACUUAUUACGUAUUUGCAUAUCAUUAUGUCCAAAUUCUAGGGAGGAUCAUCUAGUUCAUAUGUACCGAAGGGAUAAACGAGAUUGUGCUUCGAGAUCCAGUCCGCAACUAUAUUCACUUCAUGUACUUCGAGAUCCAGUCUGCAACUAUAUUCACUUCAUAGUACAUGUGAACCAAAAGAACCACCCAACCUUGCGAUAUCAUACGACCAACAGAUCCUAGAAUGGUGGCAUAAGGAUAGACACCAUUUGUUCGCUUCUCAAUGAGGUUAAGGGCUAGCUGGGAGUCAAAUUCAAGGAUAAGGUAUUGGCUAACUCAACGCCAGACAAGUUCUAAGCCAUGGAGAAUCCCCCAGAGUUGAGUCAAGAGUGCUGACCUAGUCGCCGAUUUGUUGCAGAAUCCUCCCAUCCAACCUCCAUAGCAAUUUCGCAAUACACAACUAGUCGUGGCUAAACCCGAGUUACCUUGACAAGCUCCAUCUGUGUUCAUCUUCAUCUAGCUGUUAGGAGGAGUUGUCUAGCCAAUUAGCAUUUCUCGCACAGUCGAUGGCUUCUAGUAUCAAGAUUUAUACCUGCUAAAUUCCAAGUCUUGCACCAUUCUUUUCCCUUUGCAAGAAUAUAACUAUGGAGAGUAAGGCUGGCAAUUUGAUACCUUUGAAUAUGUGCUCAUUUUGUCACUUUCAGAUAUAUAUACAAAAGAAUUAAGCUGAAGAAGGAAGCUCACUGCCCUGUCCAGCUUCCCUCUGUGGCAUCCAAAAGGUUCUUCUUCAACUAGUCUUCAUGGCUGUCAUUGAAGAACUGCGAAAACUGAUCAACAUGAACCAUUUUGGACCACACAUAACUAGUUCGAGCACAAUCCCUCAAGCAAUACAAGUUUGUCUCUGCCACACCACUGCAGUUGGGGCAUGAGUCAUUUUGUGUCGAAUGGUGAAGCUUCCUGAUGCUGUUGGUAGCCAAUUUGCCUUUCAUCGCCAACCAGAUGAAGACACACACCCUCUCUGGGACUUGAAGCCUCCAAAUGUUCUUCCAAAGCGAUGUAGAGGGUUGUAGGUGUUGCGUGAGCAAAGCUUUAAAGGUCGAGCUCGUGGCGAAUUGGUCGUUGCAUGUUCAUCUCCAAAAGAUUUAAUCCCUUUCUGCAACUAAUUCUUAGCCAACAUAGCUUUGUUAGCUUGUCGAGUUGGUCCAAUCCUGGAUCCUCCAAGAUUCCUAGCAAGGGUCAUUUGGUCCCACACUAUAGGAUAGAACUUAGACUUCCCAUCAUCCUCUCCCUAAACAAACUGUCUAUUGCUCUUGUCAAGGGAACUGUAGACAGAAACCGAAAGUAACUAUGUGAACAUAGGAUAAACACUCAUUGAGGACGAGAGCGAUCUCACCAAAGUGAUCCUUGAAGCUAGAGAGAGAUGUAUGGUUUUCCAAGGAGCAUGUUUCUUUUGUAUACGCAGACAUAUGCAUUUGUGUCCAGCUUUGGUGAUCCUCCCAUUGAUCGUGUUGAUCCCGAGGUACUUUCCAAGAUCAACCGUUAGCAGAAUGUUGGCUUUGAUGCUAAAUUGUUGAGCCAUGUCGUGAGGAAUGUUGGCUUUGGUGACACCAUCAUAGCCGAUUUAUCCAAAUUAAUUCUCUGUCCAAAACACAUAUAAAACUCAUCAAGACACUGUCUAAGGACCUGAAUCUGACAACUUCAGCCACUACAAAAAGAAUGAGAUCGUCGGCGAAGAAUAGGUGUCAAAUUUCAGGACCAUUAGGAGUAAGGGUCAAAGUUUUCCAGUUGUUGGUCGCCAUUGCUUGUUCGGUCUAGGGAGCUAAUCUUAGGAGUAUAUGGACGACAAAUUGCAAGCAUGAACCCUUUUUUAACAAACAAUAAAUAUUCAAACUAUUGAUUAGGUAAUCUACUAUUAAAUCAGUUAGUGACUCUCGUGAUUGUGAUGGAGAGCGGCGGCGACACAAUGUCACUAAACGUAUUUGCGACAAAAAUGAAACUUUUGUGAUGGAUUCACAUGUGAUCACAAAUGAGUAUCUUUUUUGUGAAUGGUAUGUUCGUGCAUAAAAUUAGUAGAGGGGUACGUUUGUUAAUUUCCAAUAGUAGAGGGGUACAAAAUGCUAUUAACUCUCAUUUUUAACAUGCAUCAAGCCGAGGGAAUACCCUUUUUUAUCUUGAGGACUUGUACUCCAAAUGUCUUGUAAAGUAUAUGUAUAUAUUUUAUUAAUUGACUCAUAUAAACUGAUAAAUUGUGUCAUAACGUGCUUGGUGGAACUCUAUUAGCCAAACUGCUGCGAUAAUCAAAGAUUCCUUGCCUCCUCAGUAAUGUCCAUAUCACAUGAUAUUGACAAACUCUUCUUACAUGUCCAACAUUUAAGUAUAUGAAUGCUAGGAGACUUUUGUAGCCACUAUGUCAAAAUCUUAAUAAUGCAAAUGGGUCUUUUAAUGCUUUUAAUUUCUGAAGUUGUGUGGACACCAAAGUCCACCAACUUUCUGUACAAAAUUACAGACCAUUAUUAUUAUAUAGCUCCACUCACCAUCCCUUUUCAGCUUUUGUUUAGACUGUAAGUUGGCUAAUUAACAGACAUACACUUGGAAAAAGAAAGCAAGCCAUUUGGGGAAAUCACAAAAAGAAGUUCAACUCACAGAAAAAGCCCUCCCAUUUGGCCAUUUCCCAAGACCACCAUCUUUCAAUCCCUCUCAUUGGGCACAAACUGAAAAGUUUGUCGAAGAAGAAGAAAAAAAAACUAAUAAUUGGUUUCUUUGAAUAUGUUGGUAUUAAUAUUCGAGUUGUUAAAAAAGUUUAAUCAUGGAC